AUGUCGUCUUCAUCGGUAAGAGUGAAGAGGAGGCGCACUGAGGAGUCCGACACGGAGGGCAGCGUCUCAGAACCAGAAAUGGCCAAUACGACAGAUACCAGACGGCCAGUACUUGAAAGUGUAGAUGGAAACGGGAAUCCGGAGCCGAUAACUGUAUCAGAAAAGAGAUACCGAGAUUGGCGCAAGAAUGGAUCUCCGCGUCGAGGCGUGUGUUUUGUGUGCAGUAAAGCGGGAGCCUUAGAGGACUGCUACACCUGCCCGAGAUCAUAUCAUCAGCAUUGUUUGGAUCAGCCUGUGGAAACCUUUAUGCAUCAUGAUAAUUUCUUUUGCCAAGUCUGCCAAAAACGACAAUGGCACCAGCAUCUACCGCCACUCAGUCCGCCACCAUCUCCGCCUCCAGAGAAGCAAAGGGUGGCUCUACCCAGUCACAGGCCAAAUACACAGCCUAAUAAUGAACUCUCCCUGCCUUUACCGUCACCCGCUCCAGCGUCAAAUUCGCCGGCUCUCACACCUACUCCCGCCCAUGCUCCCGCUCCGGCUACUGCUCCCGCUCCCGCACCAGCAACCCAGAAUUCUCAGGCUACGGCACCGACGUCUUUUACUUGGCUAUCUCAAAACCAGUACACCACUCCAGUCGCUCGCUCAGGCACGAUUUCAAGCCCGCGAGCCUCAACGCCUCUUUCGGGUGUAAUCAACAUGUCGGGCGUCGGCCGUGGGAUGGUAGCCGGUCCACGAGGCCCCCGGUCACGCUUUUCUACGCUACCGGCCGAGGUAGAUGAUGCAGUCUCUCUACUGCUCAGGGAACUAGAGUAUCUGGGUGAUGCAAGACAAAAAAUCACCCAUCUCGAAGAUGUGAUUGUGAGACUACAGCAGGACGUCAGGAUCAAUGAGAACGCUCUCAGGCUGGCGCAGCGCAAUGCUGCAUCAUCAAAUUCACGCAAUUCGGAGGGCCUACGAACCGAGAACGAAAAGCUGAAGAAGGAGGCUGAGGAUAUGCGUCGAUUACUAGCGGAUGAGAAAUCUCGAUCUCACUAUUACCAGGCAGAUGCGGAGUACUGGAAGUCGCAAGCUCAGACUAAGCAGACAGAAUUGGAGGAACUAAGAGGGAAGCUGAAGAAUUUACUGGGUGGAUAA